AUGAAUGAUUUGCCUGGCUUCAAUUCUCCUGUUUCUCCUCCUUCGCCCAAUAAUUCUAAUUCUUCACGAUUUAUCGCUUCUGAAUUAGCUGGCACCAAUUUUUUUAAUUCGAUUAAUUUUUCUUCUUCUAAAUUUUCUUCAACAGCCUUUACAAUUUGUUUCAUCGGCAGUCUCUACGCAACCACAAAACUGGAGUCUAAACAAGUGUUUCUCGAUGAGCUUAACACACUCUUUCUCAACCUUAACCUGAACAACAACAACAACUACUAUUUAAUAGCUGAAGACUUUAAUGCCAGACACAGGGAACUAGGCGACAGGAUAAACAAAACCAGAGGAAGAUGGCUGGUGAACUGGGAUAAAGAAAAUUCAAUAACAUUCAGGUCUAUAAUCUACACAGCACAUGAACCUACAUUCACAUCAAAAGGAAGUGAAUCCUACCUAGAUCUCUGCAUAGCUGACUCCAGAUUGAAUCUUAUGAACUUAAUAAACAACAAACUAAAAACAUUAAAUUACGAUAGUGACCACAGAGGAAUUCUCAUAGAUUUAAACCUACAAAACCUAGAAAUAAAUUUACAAUCAAUUCAGCUGGAAAUUAAAGCAAACAUCGAUAAUCAUUGGGAAAAAAUUUGCAAAAAAGUCAAUCAUCGUGACCACACAAAAUUUUUCUCUAUAAUAAAUAAAGUCUUUAGACCCCGGGAAAGAUCGCACAUGCCUAAUCUGUCAAUCAAAGAAGAGGACUCCCAUCUAAUUGAUAAAUGUGAUAUCAAGAAAGACGAACUGAACAAAACAAAUAAUAAAUAUAUUAUUAAAGAAGAAGCUGACAAAAUUAAUAUCAUUGGAGCCUUCUACGAAACAAUUAAUUCUCCAAAAUACUUAAAUGCUAAUACACAGACCAAAGAAGUAGCGGACAGAAUAGUCCAAGAACUGGAGCAAAGACUGGCCAGGGGCACCCCACUGAAAGACCAGCUUGAAAGACUAGUAAAUAAAAUAAACAACUACUACGCCUUGUGGAACCUACGUGUCAGCCCGGCAAAAUGUGAGACAAUAGUGUUCAGAAGACCAGCCAGAUUCGUGACCAAGGCCAAGAGAAUCAACAAUGACAACUUCAACAUCGAAACAUUCCAUCCAGUUUCAAGAGAACUCAUCAAAGUCCCUAUUAAAAACAUCCUGGUGAAAGCUCGCAACACGUACAAGUCACUAGGCAGACUCUUCCAUAACAGACACAUCAGCUCCAGAGCAAAGGUAAUCUGUUAUCAACUCCUUAUCAGACCGCCAUUAACUUACGCAUCUCCUGUCAACUGGAACCUAGGUGCAGCCCAAGCUGAAAAGCUAAGAGCAUUCGAAAGAUCCUGCUUCAGAACAGCUCUAAAUAUGCACAGACGCCCAGACUCUGACUAUCGAGAAAGAUUUAGCAACAAAGAGCUGUACGAUGCUGCCACCAUUCCGAGGAUCGAUCAUCACAGGAUCAAGUUGACCAGAGAUUACUACAACUUGAACACCAACUCCGAAAAGGGUUUGCUGCAGCCACAAGCGUUCACUGCUCUUGAUAAUUUGAGAUACAUCCAGAACAGUAAAAAUGUACCCAUAAUUUAUCAUAGAAGCAGACACAAAAGUAACAAAAAUAUAGAACUAAGUACUUUCAAACUGAUACCUGAUAAGUACUCUACAGCUUUGCCAAAAACAGAUGAAGCGGACUUUCACAGACUGGACCAUAAAAAAUACUGGUGGAUCGACAUACGCAGUUCAGAAUACGCCAAGCUUUUGCUCAGAAAAAGAAAUUACAAUCAGCAUUAA